AUGGAUCCUGAAGAGCUCGAAGACGAAGAACUCGAGCAAAUCCGCCGCUAUGAGGAUUUCACAACAAUAGAUUGGAUCCAGGACUCGUUUCAUGAGAGGCAAAGACGCCUCAGGAAUGCGCGCAAUAAACCUUAUAUCGCGCGCCGGCGGCCUCGAGGGACCCUCGGCGCGGUUUCGCAGUUGUGGAUCCAACUACGCAAGGCUAUGGACGCAGGCCAGAGCUGGUUCGUGCUGAGCCUCGUCGGCGUCUGCAUUGGCUUGAACGCCGCCUUCGUGUCGAUUAUUAGCGAAUGGCUAUCAGACAUUAAGAUGGGGUAUUGCUCGGACGGGUGGUGGCUGAACCAGCAGUUUUGUUGUUGGGAAAUUGAGGGCGAGGAGGUUGAUGGCUGCGAUUCGUGGCAUACCUGGAGCCAUGUUACUCUGGCCCGGUGGAUCAUAUUUGUGAUGUUUGCUGCGGCCUUUUCUUUCAUUUCCUCGCAUCUCGUCAAAUCGUUUGCAAAGUAUGCUGCUGGGUCUGGUAUUUCGGAGAUCAAAUGCAUUUUGGCGGGGUUCGUCAUGCAAGGGUUUCUUGGAUUCGCUACAUUUUUCAUCAAAAGUAUCACACUUCCGUUAGUGAUUGCCUCCGGGUUGUCAGUCGGCAAAGAAGGACCUUCAGUACAUGUGGCAUGUUGUGUUGGGUUCCUUGUGGCUGGGUUGUUUGAUACCUUCAGGCGUAGUCAAAGUAAAAUGCGGGAGAUCAUAACGGCCGCAAGCGCUGCUGGUGUCGCCGUCGCUUUUGGUUCUCCGAUUGGAGGUGUUCUGUUUUCCAUUGAGGAAAUGACCCACACAUUCAGCAUCAAAGCGAUGUGGAAGAGCGUCUUCUGUGCAUUGGUCGCGACCUUCACACUGUCUGCAAUGAAUCCUUUCCGGACGGGCAAACUUGUGCUCUUCCAGGUCACGUAUGACAGAGACUGGCACUUCUUCGAGAUAAUCUUCUUCGUGAUCUUGGGGGUUUUUGGGGGUCUUUAUGGAGCCUUCGUGAUUAAGUUCAACCUACAGGUAGCCGCUUUCCGCCGGAAACACCUAGCAAACCAUGGCGUCGCAGAAGCAGUCACCCUAGCCACACUUACGGCUCUCAUUGGCUACUUCAAUCGCUUCCUCCGAAUUGAUAUGACGUCGAGCAUGGCAAUUUUAUUCAAGGAAUGCGAAGGCGGUGGAAAUGUGUUUAAUUUAUGCCAAUCGGCUGCCCAGUGGCGUAUAUCAAACUCACUCCUUCUAGCCACCAUCAUACGCAUUGGCCUUGUCGUCAUAAGCUACGGGUGCAAAGUGCCUGCUGGUAUCUUCGUACCAUCGAUGGCGAUUGGAGCCACUUUCGGUAGAAUGGUUGGAAUAUUGGUAAAGGCGAUGUAUACGGAGUACCCAAAGUCUGGGAUUUUCAAAUUUUGUGCCCCAGACGGCCCUUGCAUUACGCCAGGAACAUAUGCCUUCCUUGGUGCAGCCGCAGCGUUGAGUGGGGUUAUGAGAAUUACGGUAACCGUGGUGGUUAUCAUGUUCGAACUCACCGGCGCGUUGACGUAUAUUCUGCCAACAAUGAUCGUCCUCCUUGUGACGAAAGCUGUUGGAGACUUCCUUGGGACAAAUGGCAUUGCGGAUGAGAUGAUAAGAUUCAAUGGUUUCCCCUUCUUGGAGAAGGAAGACCACGUCUACAAUGUGACUGUUUCUGCUGUUAUGCGAAAAGACUUGCAAACCAUGUCGGAAACUGGUAUGCGCGUCAAAGAUGUCGAAUCCCUCCUGUCGUCCACAAACGUCAAAGGCUUUCCCAUUGUAUCUUCUGAUGGUGCACUGACACUAGUCGGCUAUAUCGACCGGAGUGAGAUUCGAUAUGUCCUGGAGCGUGCCCGAAAGAAUAGAGGCCGAUUAUCCAAUACUCCGUGCCUCUUUAAGCCCCGCCAUCGCGACCAUGACGAUAUUGACUUGGCACCUGAGGUUCAUGAAGACGAUGAACCUGAGGAAGAAUAUUUCGCGCCGACAACAGCUGGAGAAGGAAUUCAAUUUUGGCCUUGGGUAAAUAAGACGCCUAUGACCGUGUCUCCCGAGCUUCCUCUUGAAAUUGUCAUGCAAAUUUUCAAGCGUAUGGGGCCCCACACCAUCCUUGUGGAAGAUCACGGGGUGUUAUCAGGCCUAGUGACGGUCAAGGAUGUUCUAAAGUUUAUUGCGACUGAGAAGCCUGACCAUAGGCCCUCAUGGGACGAACGUGGGGGCUUGGAUGGUCUAUUGGAGGAGCUAUGGACAUGGGCGAGUGAUAAUACAUCUAGAAUCUUGCAUUGGAGUCGGCGGGUCUUUCGGCACCGUUAG